AUGGACUCCAUAGACAAGAAAGUUCAUGAGAAAUUAGAUGAAGAAGAACUCGAAGAUACAGUAGAGAAUGCUAAACCUUUGUUUGAAGAAGAAGUUAGAAAAAUGUGCGAAAAACAAUUAGAACAUGAACGUGAGAUAUGUUAUGGUUAUAGAGAUUCUCCAUACGAACUAGACCAAUGGGAACAAGAAGAUUUAAAGAGAGAAUUUAGAGAAUAUGAACUCGCUAAGAUAGCAUUAGAAACUGCAGAAAAGAAAUUAAAAGUUUGGGGUCGUUUUGUACAAAAAUAUUGUGAGUAA